AUGACAAAGAACGUACUAUUACUAGGUUCAGGUUUCGUUGCCCAACCUGUUAUCGAUACUCUAUCCGCUACGGAUGGUAUCAAUGUAACCGUCGCAUGCAGAACUUUAGCCAAUGCACAAGAAUUGGCUAAAAAUUCAGGUUCCAAAGCUAUUUCUAUAGAUGUUACUGAUGACUCUGCUUUAGAUGCUGUAGUUGCACAAAAUGAUGUCGUUAUUUCCUUAAUCCCUUACAUUUAUCAUCCAAAUGUCGUUAGAAGCGCAAUCAGACAAAAGAAGAACGUCGUCACAUCCUCCUACAUUUCCCCUGCUUUAAGGGAAUUAGAACCAGAAAUUAAAAAAGCUGGUAUCACUGUCAUGAAUGAAAUUGGGUUAGAUCCAGGUAUCGAUCAUUUAUAUGCCGUCAAGACUAUCGAUGAAGUUCAUAAAGCUGGUGGUAAAAUCAAAUCUUUCUUAUCUUAUUGUGGUGGGUUACCAGCUCCAGAAGAUUCUGACAAUCCAUUAGGUUAUAAAUUCUCUUGGUCAUCAAGAGGUGUUUUAUUGGCUUUAAGAAACUCUGCUAAAUACUGGAAAGAUGGUAAAAUUGAAACUAUCGAUUCUGAAGAUUUAAUGGCUUCUGCUAAACCUUAUUUCAUUUACCCAGGUUAUGCCUUCGUUUGUUAUCCAAAUAGAGAUUCUACCGUUUUCAAAGACCUUUAUCAUAUUCCAGAAGCUGAAACUGUCAUUAGAGGAACUUUAAGAUAUCAAGGGUUCCCUGAAUUUGUCAAGGCUUUAGUUGAUAUUGGUAUGUUAAAAGAUGACGCAUCAGAAAUCUUCAAUAAACCAAAUGUAUGGAACGAAGCUCUAAGGGAAUACUUGGGUGCUAAGAGUUCAUCAAGAGAAGAUUUGAUUGCAAACAUUGACUCUAAGACCAAUUGGAAAACAAGUGAAGAUAGGGAAAGAAUCCUUUCAGGUUUUGCUUGGUUAGGUUUAUUUGAAGCUACUCCUAUUACACCAAGAGGUAAUGCGUUAGAUACAUUAUGUGCUCGUUUAGAAGAAUUGAUGCAAUAUGAAGAAGGUGAACGUGAUAUGGUCGUUUUACAACAUAAAUUUGGUAUUGAAUGGGCUGAUGGUACCACAGAAACAAGGACUUCUACUUUGGUCGAUUAUGGUAAAGUUGGUGGUUACAGUUCAAUGGCUGCCACAGUUGGUCUACCAGUUUCCAUUGCUACCAGAUUUACUCUAAAUGGUACAAUAAAGGGAUCAGGCUUACUUGCUCCAUAUUCUCCAGAAAUUAAUGAUCCAAUUAUGAAAGAGCUAAAAGAAAAAUAUGGUAUUUACUUGAAAGAAAAGACUAUUGCUUAA